AUGCUGUCACAAUUAAGAACUACCACAUGUACAAGGCUGCUACCUUCUCUUCGAUAUAUUUCUAUUCAAAGUACGAUUAAAUAUUUUAACCCUCACUGCAAUCCAAAGAAUCCCAAAAUCCUAGAACUUUCGGAAAUAACCGAUGCUUACGGAAGGAUCAAGAUGGGAUUGGUCGGUGCAGGGAGUGGUCAAGAGGAAGAAUUGAAGCCGUGGUCAAAAAAUCUGAUCCGAGCACGUAGGCACGACGAAAGUCGGUCAAGAACUACCAUUCCUCAAGCAAUAUUAAAAAUGACCUAUCCUCCGUCUUUGACUCCAAAAACCCCGAAUUCUAUGAGCAUGAGAUAUUCUCACUUAUUGGUAAAUGGGAAAGUAUCAUUGAGUCACUUGGUGAAUAUAUUGUCUGAAUCCCUGCUUACUUUAUUUUCGAAAGGCCCAGCAAAAGAGGUUAAGGAUGAUGAGUCAAGAAAAUUUGAUUUUCUUAUUGUCACUGAUAAUGACGAGGAUGCAACAGCACCUAAAUCCCAAUGGAGAGCUAUUACAAGAAAAGGAGUACUCAAAUUGAGUAAAGACAAUAGCACAGCACAUGUAGAAUGGGACUCCAAAUCUUCGGAUCAAGAACUCAUGUCAGGUUUCAGCUAUAAAGGACGAGGUAUGGAAUUAUCAGACCUCACAGAAUAUAGAGGUCGUAUUCUUGCACCUGAUGAUAAGACCGGAAUCAUAUUUGAAAUAAAGAAGAAUCAGGCUUUGCCAUGGGUUAUUCUUAAUUCUGGACCGGGAAACACAACAAGCGGUAUGAAAACUGAAUGGUUAACCACCAAAGGAUCACAUCUUUACGCUGGCGGCCACGGGGUGGAAUAUCGAGAUGAGAACGGGGAAAUUUUUAGUGAGGACCAAAUGUGGGUCAAGGUGAUCUUCAACAGAGGGGAGGUUCGAAAUUUGAACUGGAAAGAUUUUUAUAUAAAAAUUCGUGAAGCAGCUGGUAUACGCAGUCCUGGAUACUUGACACAUGAAGCGGUACAAUGGUCAGAAAUUCAGCGGAAAUGGUUCUUUUUGCCAAGAAAAGCAUCAAAUACUGUCUAUAAUUCAAAAGCGGACGAAACUAAAGGAACAAAUCUGCUGAUCAUCGCUGAACCGGACUUCUCAUCCAUCAAAGUUGUUAAAGUGGGUUUACUGGAGCAUCCUGAACGAGGCUUUUCCGCAUUUGCAUUUAUUCCCGGCACAAAUGAUGAACUAAUCGCAGCUCUGAAGUCCAAAGAGGUUAAAGGAGAAGCUGCGGCGAGCUUUAUAACAGUUUUUAAUACCCGUGGAGAAAUUCUUAUGAAGGAUCAAGCACUUGAAAAAGACUAUAAAUUCGAAGGGAUCUAUUUCCUCUAG